CCUCCGUACUUUCAGCUGCACGGCAAAACCACUGAAGACAGUUCCUGGAUUGUCCCGCACACUCCUACCACAACCCCUUUCCAUCCUGUGCAAGGUUUUGCGCUCAUCAAUAACCUCCCACUUCCCGACAACCGCCGAGUACCCCGAAGCUGGGAGUCUCGAUUCUUUACCCAACCCCCCACUCACUCCACCAUGAUCAAGUCUAACAGUCACGGAGAGAUUUGAACUACAUAUUUAUGCGCAGCAGCCACUGGCAGCAGUUCUGGCGCCUCAGUCAAUCCUUCACGAAGCCCCUCCCACCUACCCUGGCAACUCUUCCACAGCCUCAGUACACAAACACAAGAACCCUCCACAGGAAGCCCCGCCUCUGAUAAGUGCUACUGAUAUGAGGUCUUCAUGGCAGCCAGUGUCCACCUCAGCUAGCAAGCACAUGCCAUCCCAGCAAGGCUCCUCGAGACUGGAGGAGGCCAUCUAUGUGAUGAAAGGACACGCAGACAGGGAAGAGGCAAUUUACAUGAAGGCCCAGGGAGAUCCUCUGGAGGAAGGGAUUGGGUCUCCAGGUCUCAAUAUUCCCCCAGAAGACAUCACUGAGAGAAUACCUGCUCAUGAACUGAGUGGAGAUCUGAGUACCGAAGACACCGUCAAUUUUCCUGGCUCCAGUACUGGAUAUGAGCGUAAACCACUCAUCCGCAGCAGCAGUGCCGGCACCCCCGUUGCCGUGGCAUCGUCGUCGUCGUCCCUGGCAACCAACUUUAGUGGGGCAGUUAGCGAGGAGGAGGGGCUGGGGAAACGCAAAGACUCAAAGAAGAAAGGUAAACACAGUGGCAAGCCGCCAUCAAAGAAGAGAUUUCGUACAGACCAGGAGAGAGUACACAAGGAGCGAGAGAGGAGAAAUGCCAACAACCAGAGAGAGAGGAUUCGUGUACGAGAUAUCAACGAGGCUUUCAAAGAGCUGGGGGAGAUAUGUCACGAGUACCUGCAGUGUGAGAAGGCACAGACCAAACUGAUGAUACUGCACCAGGCCGUGGCUGUCAUUGGGAACCUGGAGAGUCAAGUCAAAGGUACAAUGACUGUGUGUUUAGGGAUGAGAAAAGUAACCUAGAGAGAGAUUUUCGCAUAUUUCAUGUCUUAGAAGUGGACACAAUUAUGUAAGAGUAUAAUGGGAAAAGUUUAGAGGUAGAUAUCUUGCAAAUUCGUAGGCAGGAACUGUCUCGAAGUUCGCAUGAAAUUUUGCUGCUUUAUGGACAGUGAUUACUUACUGCGGGGUAAGCAUUUUACACCAUAUGCAUUUCAGCAGGGUUUCAUGUUUGUUUGGGCAGUGUAGUUAGGUCUUACGUUACGUGUGUGUUCAAUGAUGUUGCCCCACAGACCGAAACCUGAACCCAAAGGCUGCAUGUCUGAAGAAGAGGGACGAAGAGAAGACCUUCCAGGCCAACUGUGGCCCCUCCCCUCUCCACCCUCCCGAACACAUCCCCUCGCUCUCCCCCACCUCUCUUCACCCUCACCCCUCCCUCCCUCUCACACCCACCUCCAAGACACCCUCCACACCCUCCUUUCCCUCUCCUCCUCUCCCUCCCGCCACCGCCAUCUCUUCUACCCCCAUCGAUAUCAUGACCCCGGGGGUCAUAAAUUCCUCCGGGUGCGGCAGCGGAGGUCCCUUCCAGUUCCCCCAGCAAGUCAUCCCCCACCACAUUCAGUCUUGUCAUCAACAACUUCCCUUUCAGACUUACCCGUCCCCUCCACCCCUGGCACCGGGGGAUAAAAUCCCUCGUUCAAACGAACACGACCCUCUGAUGAAGCGUCGCAGUAACAGCGGCGCCGGCACGGUCAGCCCCACCAUCCAGAAGACCGUCAAGGGACGCUGUAGCUCGGGAAGUAGCAUCGCUUCGUCAAAGGCAGAGGCGAAAUCAAACAACUGAGCGGAGACGAACUUAGACCGAUUUUUUUUUUACAUCCGAAUGAGCGGGCACUACUGAUUUCUUUAUCCUACAAACAGCAAUACGUGUCUAGGGGCACAGGGACUUUCCAUUGUCGGUGUGUGUGUGUGUGUGUGUGUUGAAAAAUCUACAGACCGUGUCAUUGUUUGUGCAUGUUACAUUUUUAUGGCUAAGUCUUGUCUUUUUUAGUCCUUUUUCAUAUUUUGUUUGUCACUUUUCUGAUUUUUCACGUGGUGGCAAUGAAUAUGGUGUACUGCGUUUGAUCAAACUGCAAGAAAUGUGCUGGGCACCAGCUUAGGGAUAUAGAGUGCACUUUGCCGAUCAACUCUGUUUUUUUAAUACGUAU